AUGGCAACGUGGAGGUCAACGAGGGACAUCUGGUCAGACGGCUUUUCGUUGCAGCUCACCUUCAGAUCGGUGGGUGCGUUUGGAUUUACGGGCGCCGGACUGUCGCUGUGGUUGCUUGACCAGGACCCAGGAUCCGAUAUCUCCAAUUUCGGCGGACCCUCGCAAUACUCUGGGCUGCAGAUUCUACUGGACGCUAACGAACAGGACCUGGGUCCUGUGUUCAGAGUGUACGUGAACGACGGUUCGCGGAAAGUCAAUUUGGCACAGGACUAUCUUGGAGCGUACACAUACAGUUUCCAGGACUCGCAGGUGCCGUCCACCUUGAAACUGGGCUACGAGAACAAAAAGCUCAAGAUCACGUGCGACAACAAGCUGCUGUUCGAGACAGAUGCCAUCAACCUGGAUCCGUACUUGAAAAACAUGCGUGUGGGUAUUUCUGCGGUGUCGUCAAAAGACGUCAAAAAGGCCGAACAAUUCGAGAUUCUGAUGUUCAAGUUCUUCGACAAGAUGAUUGAGUCGCUUAAAAUAGAGCCUUCAGAGACGCUCGUUGCCAAGCACCACCAGGUGGACAAGAGACAGGCCCAGAGAGCACAGCUGGCAGAGGACUUUAAGAGAACACGGGAGCAACAAAACGGCAACAGUGUGCCAGUGCGUUCGCGGCCGGAGUCUGCUGAAUAUGACCUUCUUGCCAAACUGGACGAAGUGAAGACCAUUAUUGCACAGCAGACGGCUCCACAGGUUCUACAAAAGCAGCUGUUCGAUGUAACCAAGUCAAUCAAGAUGAUGAACGAGAAAAACUCCGUUUACAACACGCAAAUGGAGAAAAGCUACGACAUGCUGCUCAAGCAGACCGAGGAGCUCAAUGCCAAGUACGAAGCGCUCAGACAAUUAAUCACUAGACAAAACCAGCUGCUGGAGCUGGUGGACGAGAGAUUCGUCACAUUCAACAGCUAUUUCCAAGGACAGUCACAAAACCACGAAAGCAUUAACGACAAGCUGAAACAGUUGCAGGAAUUCUAUGCCAAAGGGUCGCGGCCGUCAGACUACGAGUCUGAAUUCGAGACCAAGCUGAACAAGUUCACGUCUGCGGUCAGGCUGAUCCUGAUGCCUGUUCUGGUUCUACUCAUUAUCAUGACACUGCUGGUGUAUAAGCUGAGAAACGACAUCAAGCACGCCAAAGUGCUGUGA